AUGAGCAGGUCCGGUGAGGAAGAACCCUUGCCGCUCAUGGUUGGGAGGUCUACGGCGCAUGUCACUCAGGCACUGUCACUCGCGAGCGGCGCAGGAGCGCGGGCGGUCUGCGUGCGUCGAGCGAGCGCGACUGCCGGCCCCCGCCGCACAGCGCGGCCCCCACCGCUACCGGCUGCCUCAUUUCUCACUAUAAUUUGCGUGUUUCGUUUUUUACCAUUAUUACUCCCUCGUUUUGUUUUACGUAUUAUCGAAUGCAUCCCGCUCGCACCGGCCGCCAUGCGCGGUGAGCGCCGCCCAGAUAAUAGCCGCGCGCAAUUACGCCUCGGUGCACCGUCGCGCGUCACCGCUCGUCUUAAACCUACACGACAACGACUAGCGACAUCUUGUGGCGAGAGGCGGUAA